UGUCCUAUACAGAUGUCAUAAGGAUGUCUAUGAAUACCUGCCGCAAAUAGGCCUACAGUAAGCUAUUGGUCUACUUCGCACUCACUGUAUGAGGUAUACAACAACGUUUGGCAAAUGCCGUCAUAGCAACGUACAGUGAAGCUAUUCCAUUGGAAAAUAUUUUUCAGGCCGUAGACUAGAAGAGAGAGAGAGGCAGCUCAUCCGACCGCAGACUGGGGGAAGUAGCCUAGGCGAUGUUGUGGAGAUGAAGAUGAUGAGGAAUGUUUAUUUUUGACUCACAGAUUUUGCCACGAAUGCUGUGUUUUGUGUCGGCGAAUUGUUUUCAGGAUCUAUGAAAUUGUAAUCGAAGGACAAAUGCUUCGGAGCUGCGUUUUACACCAGAAGGAGAUCUGAUUUUUGGACUGGACAGAGCGGCACAGCAUCAGCUGAUCGAGAGGUUGUCGACUUCCCUUUUACCGCCACCAUGCUGCCCAGUUUGCAGAGAGUCCUGCGGCCCGCCCUCACUCUGAGGUCGGGGAACAUGUUGGGAAGAGUCCGCGGGUCAAACCUAGCCCAGCUCCGCCAGCCUGUACCGAUGCAGUGCUGCAACCUGGGCACACACCCUCACAAGGACCCGAUGGAGCCCUUGAACUCGCCGCAAGGAGCCAAGGAUUUUAUUUAUAGUCUUCACCCCACGGAACGCACAACCCUGCUUAGAGAACUGCACCGGUUUGAGUCGAUAGCAAUAGCUCAAGGGGAAAUGGUCAUCGCCCCUCCCACAUCGGCUCAGCUGAGAUACGUUAUUCUACACAACGCCAUUCCCUUUGUAGGAUUUGGUUUCCUGGACAAUGCCAUCAUGAUUGUAGCUGGCACGCAUAUUGAGUUGUCCAUAGGUGUGAUCCUUGGGAUUUCAACCAUGGCAG